AACUAAAAAAUGGCAUCUUUUGGGGAAUAAACGGAUUCAGAGGAUGACAGUUGACAGUUAUGGCGGAGAGUAACCUCCCAGCAACGGGAGAAGAAGUGGACUUGGAUAAUGAGCGUCAGGCCACAGCAACACAGGAAUGUGAAGCCACUUCAACUGACUGGAAAAUAGAUGUACAAGAUGACCCUUUAAGAGAUAUAGCGAAAGUAUGUCUCGAGGAAGGAAACAUAGAAUACAGAAAAGGACAAACUAAUGACGCGAUAAACUCUUACACGGAAGGACUUCGAGUGAACUGCAAAGAUACACGGCUAAACGCCAAGCUUUAUAGCAACAGGGCAGCAGCUCAUUUCCAUUUGGGUUGCUCUCGCCGAGUUUCGAGUCCUAAGGUGACUCUUUCGUUUGGGACAACGUGGGAAUCUCUCAGAAAAUCUGAUAAAGAUGACAAUAAUCAGAAUAAUAUUCGCGAUUUAAUGUGA